CACCUACUACUUCCUUCAGCUUGUUUGGGAGCCCAUGGGAAAUAUGCACACAAGCUGCUGAACGAUUUAUUUGCCAAGUACUCCAGGGCUCUCCGGCCCGUGCAGGACACAGACGACGUCAUCAAUGUUACUCUGCAGAUCACCGUGUCCCAAAUCAUUGAUAUGGACCAGCGGAAUCAGAUCCUCACAACGUACCUGUGGAUACGGCAGGUGUGGAUCGAUGCCUUCCUCACCUGGAAGAAGGAAGACUAUGACGGGCUGGAUGCUAUUUGCAUACCUAGCAGUUAUGUAUGGAGGCCCGAUAUCGUCCUAUAUAACAAUGCCGAUGACCGUUUCACUGGCUCCAUGGAGACCAAUGUGGUCAUCCGGUAUGAUGGGCAGGAUUGGGGCUCGCCAGCUAUCACUAAGAGCUCUUGCAAGGUGGACAUCUAUUUCCCCUUUGACUCCCAGAAGUGUCCACUCACCUAUGGCUCCUGGACCCACAAUGGCAACCAGAUGGACCUGCACAAAUUGUUGGACAGCGCUGACCUGUCUGACUUUGUGGAGAACGUCAAGUGGGUGGUGUUCAGGAUGCCCGCUAAGAAGAACCUGAUCCUUUAUGGCUGUUGUUCAGAUCCCUACCCUGACAUCACCUACACGAUGCACCUCAAGCGGCGUGCCUCCUUCUACAUUUACAAUCUGCUCCUUCCUUGCAUGAUGAUCUCCUUCUUGGUACCUCUGGGCUUCUAUCUGCCUGCUGACUUCGGUGAGAAGGUCUCCCUGGGAGUGACCGUGCUGCUGUCCCUCACCGUCUUCCAGCUGCUGGUAGCUGAGAUCAUGCCUCCCUCUGAGAGCAUUCCACUUAUCGGAAAGUAUUACAUCACAACGAUGACUAUGAUCACUGCAUCAACUGCCCUGAGCAUCUUCAUAAUGAACAUCCAUCACUGUGGCCUGGAGGCUAAGCCGGUUCCACCGUGGACCCGGAAGUUCAUCUUGGAAUACCUGGCCCGAAUCUGCUUUGUGUAUGACAUCGGUGAGAACUGCAUGACGGCCCAGUCUGACAUGGCAGAACCACCAUCACCAGCUGCAAAAGGAACUAGCUAGGUUAAUGUUCAGGGACAGGGGAUGUUUUCUGGGGGAAAGAGCAGCCCUGAAGAGAUCAGAGAUGGUGAUCCUAUGAAGAGGCCUAUAGGGGCGGAGCAGGGUGAACCAGUGGGCGUGGCCAGAGGAGGAUGUGAGGGUGGAUCAAAGGGGAACCAGGUGGUUUGCAAUACUCAUUGUUUGUGCCAUCAGCAACUGCUCCAAAACAUUGAAUACAUUGCCACCUUCUGUAGAGACCAAAGGGCCAACCAGAAAAGAACUGGCGAGUGGAGAAAGGUCGCCAAAGUCAUGGACUGCUUUUUCAUGUGGAUCUUCUUCAUCAUGGUCUUCCUCAUGAGUGUACUUGUCAUAUGCAAGGCCAUCUGACACCAGCUAGGUCGAAAGAUCGUCGGCGCUUUUAAAACACCUAAUACAGCAGAAUCGCCAUUGUUCCUGUCUGGUUUAACCCAAUGGAAACCUCUGAAGGAAUUACUAUUUGAAAUAUUGAACGUUUAUUUUGUUUGCCUGCCAACCGAAGCUGCACCAAUACCUGCCUGCCAUCACCUUCCUGCCCCCCCCCCCACUUUGAGACUCAAAUGUUAAAAUUGGG